AUACUAUUUUUUUCUCGCUUAUUUCACUAUUUCUGCCCUAGUUUAAUCUAGAUGGAUUCAUUCAUUAACGAAACGGGAAAGCCUUGCGUCGACGGCGGCUGUCAUGGUCUGAGUGACGACCUGCAGCAAUACAGCGAGCGCCCCUGGGAGGAGCAGGUUGUGUGGGGCGCCUUCAGGAGGUGGCAUGUCAUAGGCAUCUCAUCUCUGGCCUGCCUUACCUUUGUGUGCCUGCUCUGCCGAGUGCUGAACUGUCGCGUGCCGCGCACCAAGCAAGAGAUCGAAGCAAACUACGCGCGACGCAAGCUCACGAAUAAGUUCUGGCACGAACUGCGCGCUAUACAGAACACAGAGAUGGACGACAUGGAUCUUCUGAAAGCUCUUGAGCGAUUACGAAUGGAGUUGUACAACGAAGAAACAAGCCUGGCUCAGUCCGACGCAUUUUCGGCGCUGUCCUUUACGCCUUCCGGUACCACAUACCGGAAAGGCUCGGAGGUCAACCUAGGCGUGAGCGCCUCGGAGCUUCAGCUUCACAAGGCGCCCCCCGGCCACGGCCUCAAGGAGCGCGUCACGGCGCUCAUUGCUGCAGCUCUCGUCAAGCUCAGGGGCUAA